UUGUGUUUAUAACUUUCAAUUUUAACAAUAAAAGUUUUAAACUAGAAUUUUUUUAUUAAUAUUACGAUAAAUUCAUAGAUACCUUCUUAAUGAUUUUAUAAACAAAUAAAAUUUGCAAAUCUUAAUUAGAUAUGGAGAAGUUUAUUUCAAUUUAAAUUCCAAUGCUAUCGACAAAACAAAAAGAGAAAAGAAAAAUAAUACCUAAAACCUCUCUUCUCAAAUUAGGGUUUAAGGAUUUGGAUUUUGUCUGCAACAAUGUCGAUGAAACGUCGACGAAACACGAAUCCGGAGCCGUUUUUGCCGCUUGGCUCCGACGCAUUAUCCUCAGGAAAGAAGCGGCGCAAGCCGACGAAGCACCACCAGCUAGUGGACAAGCUCGUCCCGUCAACCGUCAGCUGUACUAUUCUCAAGGAAGCCCUUUUGCAGCAGAAGGAGAUCCAGCGAGAAGAGGAAAGCGCCAAAAAUGUCGCCGAUCACACCGCCAACAGUAAAAUCGUGUUUCCCCAAAGUCACUGCCGCAAAGAAAACGAAUACGACGAUGACGACGUGGAUGAUUCCGAAGGUGUUUUCGAGGAUGGUAUUAAUGAGGAGGACGAGAAGUUGCUGGAGGCCUUCCUAUCGAAAGAUGAUAGCAUUGAACAAACCGUGGCUGACAUCGUGGAGGAGAUCGAGAAAAAAGAUGCUCAAGUUUCAACCGGAGCACAACCAAUGACGAAAUCGGAUGACUCGGUCACUGAACUGUACAAGAGUCAAGGACAUGCAAUCUAAGGGAGGCUGAGAUAGUUGGGAGCAUCAUUAAGAAGGUUUCUAUUCCUUAUCCCCUACCUAGUGCCACAUUAGCGACGC